CGCUGAUUUUAUUUUUCCGCGGAACUACCUUUGGUGGUACACAGCAAAGAAAUGCAAACUAGAAGAUACAGUUUUCAUAGUGUGAUCAAGUUAAUAAGUGUUUCAUUCAAACUUGCUGCAUCGGUGUUAAUAAGUGUUUCAUUAAAACAUGCUGCAUCGGUAACCAAGUCCAGUGGACAAAUCCGACCAAAAGAACUCUUGUUUGGGUUGUAUUGGGUGGUACCUUGGCUUUUGCUCUCGGUCCCUGCAGUGGGUGUUGCUUAACUGGAACACCAAUGUUUAUCUGAAGCCCGAAAAUUCCAAAAUGUCUGGCUUUCAAAAGCUGUUUAGCGAUGUCGCAUUAUGGACGUGGAGGAGAAGUAGAUGGAUAAAUCGACGUGGAGUGGCAGCAUUUUCCUCAUGCAAGCCAAAGGUGUGUGUUGUUGGCAGCGGACCAGCAGGAUUCUAUACAGCACAGCAGUUGAUGAAGGCCCGGCAAGAUGUUGAGGUGGAUAUUUACGAGCGACUACCUGUCCCUUUUGGCCUCGUCAGAUUUGGCGUUGCCCCUGAUCAUCCAGAAGUCAAGAAUGUCAUCAACACGUUCACGCAGACGGCAAAACACGCACGCUGUAGUUUCUACGGAAACGUCAACGUCGGCAAGGAUGUGAGCGUACAAGAGCUGCAGCAAGCGUACCAUGCGGUAAUACUGAGCUAUGGGGCAGAAGGAAACAGGAGGAUGGGGAUACCCGGAGAAGACCUGGCUGAUGUAUAUUCCGCCAAAGACUUUGUGGGCUGGUAUAACGGAUUGCCAAACUGUCGAGAGCUGAGCCCUAACCUGAGUUGUGAAACAGCUGUCAUUCUGGGACAGGGCAAUGUGGCUUUGGACGUAGCGCGAAUAUUACUGUCACCUACUGAUAUUUUAAAGAAGACUGACAUCACUCAGCCUGCCCUUGAAGCUCUGAUGGAGAGCAAGAUCCGCAGGGUGCUUAUUGUCGGCAGAAGAGGACCCAUGCAGGUUGCGUGCACGAUCAAGGAGCUUCGAGAAAUUGUCAAGCUACCAGGCGCCAGACCUGAGAUGCUGCCAUCCGAUUUCGAGGGUGUCCCUGAGGCUCUUCCAGGUUUACCAAGACCAAGAAAACGUCUCACAGAGUUGCUGUUAAAAGCAGCUCUUGAGCUUCCGACAAAGGAGGAAGAAGAAAGAAGAAGCAAAGCCUCGCGCAGUUGGGGACUCCGCUUCUUCCGGAGCCCUGUCCUGGUCCUUCCGAAUAGUGACGGCACCGGCACAGCUGCCAUCCGACUGGCAGUCAACAAACUGGAGGGUUCAGGUGAAGCUGCUCGCGCGGUGCUCACUGACGAGGUGGAGGAGGUGACCUGCGGCCUUGUCAUUAGCAGCGUCGGCUACAAGAGCGUCCUCAUUGACCCGUCAGUCCCAUUUGACUGUGGCAAAGCCAUCGUCCCGAACCAAUUGGGCCGUGUUCAGCAAGCACCGGGUCUAUAUUGCAGCGGGUGGCUGAAGACAGGCCCGACCGGUGUGAUCGCCACCACAAUGAAUAAUAGUUUUGACACUGCAAGAUCCCUAAUGGAAGACAUGGAUUCAGGGAAAUUGGACAUGUCUGCUGCUAAGCCCGGAGCACAAAGUAUUAGAACUCGACUUGAAGAAAGAGGAGUGAAGCCUGUGACCUUCUCGGAUUGGGAAAAGAUUGACAGUGUGGAGAUGAAAAGGGGUGAAUCCGUUGGAAAACCCAGAGAAAAACUGCUGACUGUGGCAAAUAUGCUUGAGGUGGCGUGGGCUUGAUUAUCAUGGAUCAUUUCUCAAAUUCUGUCUGUCUAUGAUGCGUAUUAUGACAAUAUCAUGCAUUCAAUAAAUUUGCAUUGAGCCACCA